GAAAGCUGGAGAGAAAUGACAUGUUCUCUGUCACAGGCAUGGCUGUGCCGCUGGCUGCUGCUGGUCUUUCUCCUGGUGAGCAGGAGUCUUGCCGAGGAGAUGUCGGAGCACUGUAGCCACAUGAUUGGGGAUGGACACCUGCAGGUCCUGCAGCACCUAAUUGACAGUCAGAUGGAGACCUCCUGCCAUAUUGCUUUUGAGUUUGCGGAUGAGGAACAGUUGAAAGAUCCCGUGUGCUACCUUAAGAAGGCAUUUCUCCUGGUGAAAAACAUAAUGGAGGACACCAUGCGCUUCAGAGAUGAAACUCCCAACGCCAAGGCCAUCAGCCAGCUCCAGAGACUCUCUGUGAGACUGAAGAGCUGCUUCACCAAGGAUUAUGAGAAGCAGGAUAAGGCCUGUGUCCGAACUUUCUAUGAGACUCCCCUCCAGCUAAUGGAAAAGAUCAAGAAUGUCUUCAAUGAAACGAAGAAUCUCCUUGAAGAAGACUGGAAAAUUUUCACCAAAAAUUGCAGUGACAGUUUUGCUAAGUGCUCCAGCCCAGAUGUGGUGACCAAGCCUGAGUGCAACUGCCUGUACCCCAAAGCAACCCCUAGCAGUGACCUGGCUUCUGUCUCCCCUCACCAGCCCCUCGCCCCCUCCAAGGUUCCUAAGGCUGGCUUGACCUGGGCUGAUUCUGAAGGGCCAGAGGGCGGGUCCCUCUUGCCCAGCGAGCAGCCCCUUCAAACAGUGGACCCAGGCAAUGCAAAGCAUCGACCACCCAGGAGCACCUGCCAGAGCCUCGAGUCACCAGAGACCCCAAGCCUCAAGGACAGUCCCACUGGAGGUUCACAACAGCCUCACCCCUCUACCGGGGCCCCUGGCUUUGGGGUGAAGCACAUUCUUGACUCUGGAUUGGACACCAACUGGGCCUUAGAAGAGGCCUCUGGAGAGGCCAGUGAGGGUCCUGUACCUCACAGGGCAGAGUUUUCCCCCUCCAGGCCAGAAGGGGGCAGCAUCCAGACAGAAUGGGCCAUACCCAGCAACCUCCUCUCAGCAUCUUCUCCACUCCCAACAACAGAGGAUCAGCAGCCACCCUUGCCUAAGGUAGACCCUGUGAGAUCCACUGGCCAAGCCAACCAUGACACUCCUAAAGAGACAGACCGUUCAACUAUCCUGCCCACAGAGGGCAAGGAGACAGGCUCUACCCAGACCUCGUCACUCCAGCCCCUUUCUGCUCAGCCGCAGGUUCCUGGAAGCCACGCCUGGGGAAUUGUGCUGCCCCUUGGGGAGCUGGAGGGCAAGAAGAUCACAAGGAACCGAAGGAGCCCUGCAGAGCUGGAAGGAGGACGAGCAAGUGAGGGGGCAGCCAGGCCCCCAGCCCCUUUUAACUCCGUUCCUUUGACUGACACAGGCCAUGAGAGGCAGCCUGAGAAAACCUUCAACCCCCAGCUCCCUGGGUUCGUCUUCCACGUACUGGUGCCCAGCAUCAUCCUGGUCUUGCUGGCCGUUGGCGGCCUCCUGUUCUACAGGCGGAGGUGUAGGAGCCAUCAAGAGUCUCAGACAGCAGAUUCCCUCGUAAGGCACCCAGAGGGCAGCUCCCUGACCCAGGAUGCAGACAGACAGGUGGAACUGCCAGUGUAGAGGAAAUCCGAAGCUGGGCACACAGGACUGUCUCUCCAUGAGAGAAGACGUGAUGGGGCCAUCCGCCACUACCCUCCCCAGCUCUUCUCCAGGAAAUGUGGCCUUUCUACCACCUGAGCUCCUGCCUGCCAGGACUGGACCAGAGCAGCCAGGCUAGGGUCCCUACGCCUUGACCUCAGACUUUCGACCAGCUGAGAGAGGGCCAGAGGACACCCCAACACUGCCGCUAUUUAUUGUGGGCCCUGGAGGCUCCAUGAGCUUAAGGAAGGCUAGCGAGCUGGCUCAGGACCUUCUCUCUCAGGGGCUGCACCCUCUGCUUCUUCCUCUCCAUGCCAGCACCCUGGUCAAGGACCCACCUGCCAGUGGCAUGCGGGAGACCAGAGUGGGUGCUCAGGAGUCAUCUGGUGCCAAGAGAUUCCAUUGUUGACAUGCAGGGACCUGUCUCCAGAGAGGAGUCUUUGAUUAGGGUGGGGCAGCAUCAGCCUGAUUUCCUAUAAAGGCAAGCAGCCCAAAAGAUAGGAAAAAGGAGGCUUCUGGCAGUGUGCACUGACAGCUUGAAGGGAUCUACACCCUCUACUCACUUGAGUGUCCUCCGCUGGUUGCCAGGUGGCAUGGGGAGGCCAGCUCUGCCCUCAGGAUCUGCCUACCCUGACUCAUGAUGCCAAGAGGAGGACCUAGCUCUGGCCUCUACACCUCCUCCCCUCCAGCCCCUGCCAGAGCUUCUCCUGGAGGCUGAGCAGAGGUUCCCCUGUGAAGGAAACCAUUGCACUGUGAAAACUGAAUCUGCCUGCUGAACAUCCUGCCCCUUCCAUCCCCAUGAGCGAGUAUCCAUCCAAACGUCCUCCCACCUCUCCAGCCUCUCCCCGGCCUCCUGCAUUGAGCUGGUCUCACCUGUCGACUGAGGGAGCCCCUAAGCCCUGAACUUCUCCUGACUCGGCUUUUGACUCCUCGGGUGGAGCAGGUGGAAGAACUGUCAGGCCACCAGCCAGAGCUGGUCUUUAGGCUGUGUGUUCACCCAGGUUUCUGCAUCUUGCACUUUGACGUUCCCAAGUGGGAAGUGACUAGUGGGAAGGAGAACGGGAGGGAGGUGGAGGCAGAGUGGUGCAGGGAGAGCUCUGACUGAAAGCAGGUUUGGAAAUACGAGUAUGCCCCUGAGACUGGGGAAGGACCUGCACCCCAACCCCUCAGUCCAGGCACCUGCAGCUGAACAGCUUGUCCCCAUCAGGAGGCUUGGAGCUGGGCUGCACUCCAGCCCCACCUUAUGGUCCCCAGCUCGCCUCCUCUUUUGGUCCUUCUUUUUCCUGACCCUUAAAGGCAGUGACACCCUCCAACUCUCACCCCACGGUCUUGGGCUAGGCAAGCCAGAGUUGGGGAGGAACCAGGAGACCCAGACAUCUGCUUCCAACUCUGCUCUGAGGACCUCUGCUUCCUGGGCUGGCCCCUGCCGUGGCUCUGAGACCUGGGCACCAGGUGACAGGGCUGUCAAUUGCCCCUCAGUCCCUUUAUGCUGCUGUGUUCCUCCUUUCCUGCCAUCCUGGGCCUUCCACUGAGAGAUCCUGUCCUCCCUGGCUGCUGGGCCUGUGACUUUCUCGUCCUGCCAGUGAGAUAGUCUGCUGGCCCACUGCCCAUGUCCUGAUGCUGAUAGCUGAGGAAAGAGCAGCUGAGGACUUUCUUAUGGGGCUCAUCCUUCUAGUCACAGACUCCGUAUUCCAUGCUAGAAAAUAUAUAUAUUUUUAAUGGAAGGGGAAAAAAAAAAAGAAAAAAGGCAUUCCUCCACAUCUCUCAACUUUAAACAUAUAGUAUUUUUUAAAAAAUCAAAACAGCAAAUUCAAUCAAUUGCAGAAGCUCUUUGUGGGCACUUAGUGAUACAUAGCGGGAGGAGCUCCAGAGCUACCUCUGGGUGCCCCACUUCUGGCUACCUGCACAGGAUCCCUUACUUUCCUCUGAGAAAGCCCAGAGAGAACAUUGGCUCACGAACUGUGAGAUUGUGUUUUUAUACUUGGAAGUGGUGAAUUAUUUUAUAUAAGGUCAUUUAAAUAUCUAUUUAAAAAAUAGGAAGCUGCUUAUAUAUUUAAUAAUAAAAGAAGUGCACAAGCUGCCACUUGUGAGUCAUGGGAAAAGUUGCUUUUGGGGUUGUGGGUGGUAAACAUAGGGGUGGCCACACAUCAGCUGCUGGGUGAGCCCCAACUCAGAAAGCUUUUUCCAAGGUACAUGGGGAAGAAGAGCUCUCUCCAAGUUUAAGUCUUGUUACUGAAACCUCCUGUAUUACUCCUGUCCCAAACACAUUCAUCUACAUAUCUGUAAUAAGAAAUGAGGCAAAAAGCAGCCAAACCUCAGGCCUGGCCACUGGCCCCAGUUCCAGCCCAGCCUAGCCCAGUCUGGGAAAAUGCUGGUUGGGCUCUGUCCAAGGGCCCCGGGGCCCUGUAAGGAGAAGGCUCUGACCACUGAAACUUUGGUCCAUGGGAGAGGAAGCUGGCCAGGUACUCACAGGGUGCUGAGGUGAACGACUGCUGACUCCAGCCUGGGAAAGGGACAAAGCCAGCAAGAGAGAGAGCCUGCCCUCUGUGUGAGGGUCCUUAGGGCCUGAUCUUCCCACUGAAAGUGCAGGGGAAACCAAGGGUGUGGCUGGCCUUCCAUGGGGAAAAAGAUUGCAUGGCCCAAACACACCCCAGGUGAAGCUGAAACAAAAGGGGCCUCCCCAACCCUGAGAUGUGGUGGACAAAGUUUUGGAUCAUCUGGUGUUCUCAAAAAUACUGAUGUCCAGGGUCAGGGAUUUAGCUCAGUGGUUCUGCCACCUGCCUUGAAAGCACAAGGUCCUGAGUUCAAUCCCCAGUACCAAAACAAAAUAAAACAAAAAACCUGAUGUCCAAAUCCUACUCUAGCUCACAAUACCAGGAUUUUGGGCAGGGACUAAGCAUGGGAAUUUGUAAGACAUUUCAAGUGACUCAAAUGGGAUCCAAGGUGAAAAGCAUCCAGAGCCACACUGUUGGAUAUGGGCUCCAUGCAAGGUUAAAUUCAUUAAAAUGAAAUAAAAGCAAGCAUUCAGCCUUCAGCUUCAUUAGUCACAGGUGGCUGCUGUGUUGGACAGCCCAGAAAUAUGACAUUUGCAUCGUUACAGAAGUUCUACUGGACAGCACUGCCUGCAAGCCUGGGUCUCUGUACUUAGAGGACCAAGGAUAUAGAACCAGGACUGGCAUUCAGUGCUCAGGUAUCUCAGUCAAUUUACCCUGUGUGUUUGCUCUUCCCACCUCAUUCCUCAUCAUUUCUCUUUCUACCCAAAAGCUGCUCCGAAAGUUUUGAAGAAAUAUUUUUUUUUUCCUUCAAGGUUUUAAUUGAAAAAGGUCUCUUUCUCUGAGAAGCCUCCCUAGCCUGACUCAAGCCCCUAAGGGCCAUCCUGGUUUAGCUCCUACCUCCCCUCUGCUCUUCUAGAUUUAGCACUGGUUUUCCUGUGCAACUGUCCCAUCGGGCCAUAGACUAUGACAGGAACUGUGCUAUUCUUCCUCACACACCAGUGGUUGAGAGGACCCUGGCACACAGUAGGUGCUCAGAAAAUGUGCAUCACGAACACAUGAUUAAAGACGUGGACAUACAAACUCUCACGAGAUUUAAUCAAUGCCCUUUCCUAGGACCUCUGCAGGAUUAGCCAAUGGAAUUGAUACCUAAUAAAUACAAUAUCAGUGACCAAGCAGGGGAAGUAUUUUCAACAAAGAGAUCUUGCUGUCUUCUGAUGGAGACAGGGCUAGGUUACAACUGUACUCAUUCAGAGGGCUGUGUGCAUAGAAGAUGUAUUUCAAAGCCUUUAAGCAAUGACUGCAGGGAAACAAAGAAGAACAGAAAGUUCUACCCCCUACCUGCCUUUCCAGAAGUCCCAGAAGUGCCAGAGACUCUCAGCAGCCCUUUUUCUGGGUUUCACUUGCUAUAGGUGCUGCUUAGGAAGCAUCAGACCUAUAGAACACUAUUCACUGGAUUUAGAAUGAGAAAACAGGUCCUUGACUUUGAUGUCUUAUUGCCCCGUAUGCCAACCUCUCUGAGCCCUGGGUCUCUCCUCCUCUGUAGAACUACUUUUAAGAGUAUGAACCAAAUGUAAUUGAUGUAACCAAAUUAAACUGAUGUUCAAAUGAAGUGACAAGCCCAAAAGC